CUCAACCAGGACUCCAGAUGCAGACCGCUGAGGCAGUUAGUUGCCAGCAAUUCUCCAGUAUUGUAUCUCUGUUCUGUGCGGGCUGUGACGAUAAUGAGUUGUGUGUAUUUGGUGUCUUAAAUCCUUCGUGCUACAGAGAAUCCAGGCAGCAACACUGAUGCCAACAUACAGCACGACCUUGGUCGAUAUGCGCCUAUUGGCGUGGCUGGUUCUCUGCGCCUGCGCCGUCGCAGCGGCCACACAAUCACACAAUGUGACCCGCCGUGAGUCGGGCUCAGGGCCCCAAAAACGUGUGGUAUGCUACUAUACUAACUGGUCGGUGUACCGGCCUGGCACCGCGAAGUUCUCCCCACAGAACAUCAACCCCUAUCUCUGUACACAUCUCAUCUACGCGUUUGGAGGUCUUACAAGGGAGAACAGCCUUCGACCCUACGACAAGUAUCAAGACAUCGAGCAAGGUGGGUAUGCCAAGUUCACGGGCCUCAAAACGUACAACAAGCAGUUGAAGACGAUGCUUGCAAUUGGCGGCUGGAACGAGGGUUCCACUCGCUUCUCCCCGCUCGUGGCGGACGAGGAGAGGCGAUCCGAGUUGGUGCACAACGUGGUGCGCUUCUUGAGGCAGAACCAUUUCGACGGACUGGACCUCGACUGGGAAUAUCCGGCCUUCAGGGACGGCGGCAAACCGCGGGACAGAGAGAACUACGCGCUUCUCGUGCAGGAACUGCGUGCAGAAUUUGACCGUGAAUCCGCAAAGACAGGAAGACCUCGACUUCUUCUCACAAUGGCAGUGCCCGCGGGCAUCGAAUACAUUGACAAAGGCUAUGACAUUCCGAAGCUGAACAGGUACUUGGACUUCAUGAACAUCCUAAGUUACGACUACCACUCUGCUUUCGAGCCCGCCGUUAAUCACCACUCACCGCUCUACCCGCUGGAAGAGGACUCUGAGUACAACUUCGAUGCCCAGCUUAGCAUCGACUACACAAUAAACCACUACGUGAAACUGGGUGCUGACAGAGACAAGUUGGUGCUUGGAAUACCAACAUACGGGCGCUCCUACACGCUCUACAACCCGCUCGCCACAGAGAUCGGUUCUCCUGCUGAUGGCCCCGGGGAACAGGGUGACGCCACGAGGGAGAAGGGAUAUCUCGCGUAUUACGAGAUCUGCGAGAACCUGCAGUCAGAUGGCUGGAAGGUGGAGCACCCUAACCGCAACGCCAUGGGACCUUACGCUUACAAGGGCAACCAAUGGGUUGGCUACGACGAUAUUGACAUCGUCAAGCUCAAAUCGCAGUACGUGAGUGAGAACGGACUGGGUGGCAUCAUGUUUUGGUCUAUCGAUAAUGACGAUUUCCGUGGGAAAUGUCAUGGGCGCCCGUACCCACUGAUAGAAGCGGGCAAAGACGCUCUGCUGGCGAGCUCGGGGACAUCUAACGACGUUGUGUCAGUGGCGCCGACGCGAGGCCACAGCAAAACGCGCCCGAAACAUCCGUCCAGUAACAGCAGCAGUUCGGGGAACAGCAGUGGACGGCAGGGUCCUCAGGGUGGCCCCCACACCCACAAGAAACGUCCCUCUAGCAGGCGUCAACACGACAAGCCCACUCGCAGUACCACGUCCAGAGCCAGCACAACUACCACCACCCCAGCUUACAGCUACCCGCAGACAACACCAGAGCCCCCCACUACACCCGAUCCUGGCAGCGAUUUCAAGUGUAAGGACGAGGGAUUCUUUCCGCACCCACGCGAUUGUAAGAAGUACUUCUGGUGCCUGGACAGCGGUCCCUCCAACCUGGGUAUUGUGGCCCACCAGUUCACCUGUCCUUCAGGCCUGUUCUUCAAUAAAGCAGCCGAUUCUUGUGACUAUGCCCGUAAUGUCGUGUGCAAGAAGAAGUCAGGGGAAACAGGCUCCAGUACUACCAAGGCCCCCCCGAUCACCGCUGCUACCAGCCGCACGACACGCAUCGGCUCUUCCACGGCCACCACAACGACCUCAACAACUACAGCUGCACCUCAGCCUGCAGCAGAGCAAGAGGAAUAUGAAGAUGAAUAUGACGAGGAGGGGGAGGAGGAGGUGGAUGCAGAAGAGGAUCCACAGGCGAUCAAGGAGCUCAUCAAUUUGAUCAAGAAACUAGGGGGAGUGGAACAGUUGGAGAAACAGUUACAUCUUCAGGACUCAGACCAGGACAAGUCAGGACAAGUGACUUCAGGGUUCAGUCGCAGCCUUUACGACCGUGUCUUGAGCCGGAGUAAUGCCCGUGGCAACAGCGCGUUCAGUGGCGGCUCCUCAACCACUCCCAGAUACACGUCCUUGUACAGAAACCGACCAGUGAAACCACAGAACGAAGGUCUGGAAGGUCUAGAAGAAGUGAAGGCGGUCCGAAGAGAAAAGCCACAAUACGUCACGAUUAAGAGGGACAGACCUGCAACUCCUGAACCAGAGGACUUGGAAGACGAAGAAGAGGAAGAUGAAGAAGAGGACGUGCUGCUUCCGGAGGACGAGAGAGAAGGACGUGAAGAUGCAAAAUCGCAGAGCAACCCCGUAGAGUACGUAACAAUACGACGGGCGCGACCCCUCUCCUCUGCUGCCGCCGACAUAACAACCCCAAGGUAUAUCACCAUUCAGCGAUCAAGGAAGCCAGUAUCAGAACCGGAAGUAGACGACACCGCAAGAGAUGCCGAUGUUCAAGACAUUACAACAGAAAUCAGACCGGUAUAUACGACCACAACUGAGAGAGAGCCUGAAACAAGGGUCCAGAUUGUGACACCGGUCAAAACACUUGCCACAGAAAAGCCGACAGGAUACAGGAAAGUUAGCAGGAAUGGGGGUCACGAGACUACCACUGCGGAACCUGAUCAGAAGGUGAGUGCAAGAGGAUUCAGGCACAAACCGUCAGAAUCUGUCAUAGGCAUAUACCCGCAGUAUGUAGACGUGACGAGCAUUGGAAGGCGUCGUCACAGCACGACGCCACAAACAGAACUCGAUAGAGCGCCAGUGUCACCUCUUCAAGAACCACUCCCACACAUUCAAGUCAAUAGCAUUACUAGAAGACGAAAUAUAAAUCAUAACAAUGACCUUAAAAUUUCCCAACUUACUGAACCUUCUGUAGCUCGACCUGUACCUGGCACCGCCAUUCCUGAAGACACAAUGUUUACCAUAACACCUGACAGAUAUCAUUCCAAAUAUACAGAUAUUCCCCUGCGUAGUGGUGGCACAGUUUCCGAUUAUUCGGAUAUUCCUACAACUGAAAAGCUGGAAACAAAUAAUCAAAAACACGAAGAUAAUGAUUCAAUUUACAGAAAACGAGACGGUACGUUGCGUAGCACUGACAUCCAAUCUAAUGGAAAUCGGUCACCGGAAACAAACAUCGAUUCUAAUGUCGAAACAACUCCUCCUCCAACAACGACACCUGUAAAUUUCAGAGAAGCAACCCCUCAAGUCCCAUCAAUUCCAGACACAAUUCCUCCGCCAACAACUACGAGGUUUACUCCUACAUUAACGAGAAUUGUUACUUCAGUAACAGAGUCCGGUACUACAGAACGUCAAAUAAUUGCUGUCAAUAGAGUUCCUUAUAUAGCUUUAGCUGCUCUGAGAGGACAAACGGUGUAUCCUGGUCCUUUGGUAUACAACAGGCAUUCAAUAGUUCCAACUGAAGAAACGAUACUUCACAAAACUACAUCAUUGGCAAUUCCCGUUCAACCGGAAUCCACGACUAAGAGUUUAGCGGAAAAAAACACGAUUUCGUUGACAAUACAGGGCAAGCCGAAACUAGAAAAGGUAAUGGAAGUUAACAGAAUAACACUUGUUACCUUGAAAGAAGAGAUGUCACUUGGGACUACACGGGCAAUGUCCGGAAACGAAACUACAGAACGAAUAUUUUCUCAGGGAAAGUCAGAUAAAGCAACGGAUAAAUUAAGCCAAGUGACUCAAAUGAAAAAUGUUACGGCUGUUGGUGGCAGCCUAACCGUUGCUCCAGCUGCUAACUACACGACUGACAUGUCACGAGAGAUAUUCGCUAGUUUUUCCACACCUCCAAUCUCUUUAGAAGAAACGACGCACCUUGAAAAUGCCAUAGAUGUUCAGGAUGAAAUUCUCUCUGUAAAAUCUCACAAUCCUCCCACCACUAGUAGCUCUAGUCUGGACACUUUUAGCACAGAUACACCGCCGGUUACUGAACAGAUACUUUCAAACGUUACUUCGAAACAAACCGAUUCGGUUGACGAGGCUAGUUCUGUUGGUCCACUUAAUAAUAGAAGGCGUCCGAAUUCAGGCAGGAAACCGGGAAUAGAUGACUUUAGGAGACGAAGAAUCAGGCCUACAUUCUCGACUAAAUCUGCCGAGGCAAUAGCUUCAAGUACUCCAUCAACGAUUUCCCAAAACAGAAGAGGGCAACGGAAAAGACCUCGUCCAUAUCGGCCAACAUCGACGACAGUAGCCGAUGAAGAAGCGAGGGUGUUGCCAGAUCCAGAUGACUCGAGUGCGAAACAUGGAGCUGUUAGUGCUGAUCAAAAUAAUGGGCACAGAAGAACGUUUAUCCCAAAAAGAGGCCAACGAAGAAGACCACGACCGGAUGUUCCAACUUCCACGUCAACAAAUCCAGAUGAAUUGAUAAAUCCGUUACAAAAUACCGGAGGUGAAAACAUUGUUCUGGUAACUGAAAAUAUUGCCAACAAAACAGUUGGUUUCAUUCCAAAGAGAGGAAACAGAAGAAGGGGAACAACCCAGAAGCCAACAACAGAAACAUCAAACCUAACAAGUGCAACAACACUGAGAGAUGAGAACGGAACUUUGUCAACAGGUGCCAAAAAACUGAAAGACACGGAUAAAUUGUUUUCAGUUCUUUCCACGGACCCAAAUAUGCCUGAUUCCUCUGACAGCAUUAAAUCAAGCACACAGGGUGUAGAUACAUUCAUCUCAGAGCCUAAGUCAGUGUUUGAUCCCGAAGAGAAUCAUAGGUAUAUAAGUAAUUCAACCGAAUCAAACUUGAAAUCAGAACUUUCAGAUCAUAUCGAAGUGAGCACCAUUAGACAUUCCCAUAGAACGGGGUCGUUUCCUUUACGUAACACUUCCCCAUAUUCAGAACUUCUUUUACAUUUAACUUCUGAUUUAAAUAGUACAGAAAACGCCACAGAGGAAGGAGAUCCACAAGCAAAGGAAAUGACGUCUAGUCCUUCGUCAACACUUGCAAAUACAGAAUCUGUAACACCAUCUUCCACCAAAGCCAGUAGUUCGGCAUCAGAUAAGAGUGGGGCAGCGGGGAGUGACAGGGUGCGAAUUAAGAAAAGACGUAGACGUCCUCAGCCAGCACAAAAUGGGAACACACUAGAAGAAUCAGCUCGUGAGAGGAAGGUGCUUUCUGGAAAUGAAGUGCAUAAUGACAUUCAGGUGUCAGACUUGAAUGCAGGCAGGAAUAUUUCCAGCAGUACUCCUGAGGAGAAUGCAGUUACUCCAUUCGCCACAGCGGCAUUGCUCGGAAGAGAAGACUACGAAAUCAGAACCCCCAGCUCAAUCGGUGAGUUCGUUACCACUGUGGACAGAGAAGGGAAACACGUGGUGAAGAUAUCUGUUUUAAAUGAUCCCAACAGUAUAGCAGCUCCAAUCAAGAAAAGCGAAUCUUUCAGUGACAGGGGCAACAGCGAUGACGACAACCUGACAGCGCAUAACCCUUCAAACAAUUAUGAAAAAUCCUCCUACGAUUCUGAACUAACUACUGUCGAAAACAGUGACUUGAAUACUGACGGUAGUGGCUAUGCAACGGAAAAUGAAGGAAGAAACUCUAUUUAUCCUCCCUCAGAUUCUUCGGGGCCACGUUCUGAAGAUUAUGACACUUCCCUAACUUCUUCAGUAGACUUCCAAACCGAAGGCCACGGUGAGGGAAUAUCCCAUGUGAAUUCUUCAAAUGCUUCAACGAGACAGAAUCCUAAAAAAUAUUUUAUUACCAGUGUUGAUUUCACAGCAGAUCCAGCAGAUGAGCAAACUUUAGGUUCAACAGCAGCCACAGACAAGAACAAACAGGGUUCUGCUAACCCCGAGGGCAAGACAAGACAUCUGGGAAGAAGGAAACGGCCUAGUAGCACAACAGAGGGACCUCAAGUGCUGAGUGAGGUGGUCACAACGACGGCGCGGAAUUUUCGACGUCCAACGGGGGCGUUGUAUAAUCCUAACAGAGUUCGUCUGCGCUCCACGACGUCUACCACUACCACCACGACGGAGACACCUGCGUCUUCCACAGGUCCUGAGCAGGAGCGCCGUAAGCCCGGAGCCAGACUGGUAAGGCGCAGAAAGUACGGUCCGUCCGCCAACAGAACGGCAGACAGCGAUGCUACGGCCUCUGAAGUUAAGUCUUCAGACGCUUCUAACAACGCCCCAACGGACAAAGACGGUUCUGGUGGACGGGUAAGGAAAUUCAGUUUUCCAAGACGCCGCACCACAACAACGGCGCCCCCAGUGACCACGAGGCCGGUAGCAGUGACGACGUUACCCACAAGCGGCGCCCCCGAGGAGACUCAAAGUGACAUAGAGCUCAUGGAGUCCAAAGAGCAUAAAUUCACAGAAGCAGAGGCGGAAGCGGAACUGACGACCACCAAGCUUCCGGACCUCGCAAACUCAGCAGUGGUCGCCAUCCACAACCUAGCGACGGUGCCUCCCACGACUCAGCCCACACCGGAAGUAGUCAAAAGUACACGUACAAGCCUCACAACAGCGAGAUCAUCAUCAACGACAAGUUCAACACCUGCCGCGUCUCGUCUGUUUCCUCGUCGAGGGUCUGCAGUGUUCGCCAGCGAGGAACCCCCACCAUCACCGUCACCAUCUCCAAGGAGUCUACCUGGUAGCGUCUCCCUCAAGCCGCGUCCUUUCUCAAAGACCACGGCAGCCCCCGUCUUCGAGACAGAUACGCAUGCUAGAACGCCAAAACCCCGACCGCUACCUGUUAUAGAUUAUGAAUACUAUGACGACGAAGAAGGGAUCUUGGAUGUGGCGCCUAUUUCAGGGAAAGUUAAGAUUCAUUCCGACGGUUAUAUUGAAUGCCUAGACCGUGGAAAUUUCCCACAUCCUUUCUCUUGUAAGAAAUUUAUCUCGUGUGCCAAGAUGGAAAAUGGUGAACUUCUAGGGUGGGAAUAUACUUGUCCCAGACAAUUAUCAUUUGAUCCCAUUGGCGGUAUCUGUAACUGGUCUGCAGGGCUCGGCUGUAAGGAGUGAGUGUUGUGCUACUGAAGAACUUCCUGAAGCCGUUAUCAAACAGAAACACAGCUUCAAGAGCUGGAGUUCAUGUCUUCGAUUAUACCAAAUGGACGCACUGCGAAUGUACAUGAAAUGUGUAUAUAUAUGCAUCUAGAGGAAACAUUCUUGAUUCACAGAUUCAGGAAGACAACUCAAAAUAUCUGUUGCCGUUUUCUUGAUCGUUAUGUUUCCGAGAUUGUGAUACACACACACUGAGGUUUAAUGAACAAACUUCUCAGUUGAAUAGAUCGCAAAAAAAAAAAAAUAAAGGAAAACUAUGGUAAGCAGACAAAAUCUCAUAUAAUAACCCAUAUGUAGGCCGCGCCACAGCUCAAGCGGUUAGUCGCUGGCUUCCCACAGCGGCGACCCGGGUU